AUGGGUUCAUCGGGUUCAUGUAGUAUUGGACGCCUCCUCCCAUUUCAGGUCGGCUGCUUCUCUGGGUACCUCGGUGAAUGGUAAGGUGUAAGGCCGAUGGGUGAUGACAAUGGAAUGGAAGUUUGAGCUGUUGGUGCUUACAUAGCCGAGCCUGACCUUUAUUCGUGGCACAGAAAGCCCGAUCAGCUGAUGCCUCCAAACUAGCUGCCAUUUUCAGGUCAUUCGAGGCAUCUCACUAACUUGUUUGUAGCUCCAGCCAGUUGUAAGAGUAGACCUGCUUCCAUCUCCUGCUAGUCGUCCACUGGAAUGGAGGAAUCGCUUUGUCCUGUGCUGUCUGCUGGUGGAAUAUAAAUCAUGAUGGCUGAUGGAUGUUGCAGAGGAAUGGAAAGAGGCAGGGGUAAGAUUGCAUCAGAUUCUUUACCAAGACAUGCAUAUCCUCAGCAAUAUGUCCAGACGGGAUCGCAGCAGCAGGUAAAUGACAUCCAGGAAUUGGCCUCCAAACGCGUCGACAUCCAGAAGAAACGCUUCUAUCUGGAUGUGAAGCAGAGUGUGCGCGGCCGCUUCCUCAAAAUAGCCGAGGUGUGGAUUGGCAGAGGCCGUCAUGAUAACAUCAGGAAGAGCAAGCUGACGUUGUCUAUGUCCAUGGCACCCGCACUACGCUACUGUUUGGGAGACUUCAUAGAUUAUUACGCCCGUAUCGGACUGAGAGGGGGCCUGGCGCCUCCGCAGGUCGAGGAGCACAGCAACAACGGCCAGGGCCGAGCGCACGACUGCCGCAGGAGAGUUCAGGAUCAGCACGCAACAUCGUCUCCCACCGGCUCUGCGGUGUCCGACGACCAAGCACACCGCGUCCUCAAGAGCGAAUUUAUCGAGAGGGACAAUCGAAAGUACUUUCUGGACCUAAAAGAGAACCAGAGAGGUAGGUUCCUCCGCAUACGGCAGACUGUCAGCAAAGGACACGGCACAAUGGGUUACUACGGCCAGGGCAUCGAACAGACCAUCGUGCUGCCCGCACAGGGGCUCAUCGAGUUCAGAGACGCUCUGUCGCAGCUCAUUGAAGACUACGGAGACGAAGACGGCGACGAGCGCGGCAGAGCCGGGUCCAGGAGCCGCGACGAAGACCCCGAGCUUCCAGAGGCUGCGUCUUUUCGGGUGGAUAACAAAAGGUUUUACUUUGACGUCGGCUCAAACCGGUAUGGUAUCUUUUUAAAAAUUAGCGAAGUUCGACAGCCGUAUAGAAACACGAUCACAGUUCCCCUAAAAGCCUGGGCUAGAUUCGGAGAGAAUUUCAUCAGGUACGAGGAGGAGAUGCGUCGAAUCUUUUCUUGUCAUAAAGAGAAGAGGACGGACGCUCGGCAGGACAGUGAGGAGCAGGAGGACUGAGCCGGCUGCUGGCUGCUUCAGCAUACUUUAGGAUUCUGUUAGAGAGCAUUGUCCACACUUGGCAAUUCCAUGAUGUACUGCAUGUACUUACUACCCACAGGGUGUACUUGCUUCACUUUUUGGCUUAUCUGCCAAGGGCUGGUAAACUACACAUUUUAAUCUGCCAAGAAGUCAUCCAUUCAGUCUAAUGCUACAUCUGUUUUCAUUUGUCAGUGCUCUUUAUUGCACAUUAACCACAUAGGCAGAGCCAGCCCACACUUAUAUGGGGCCGCAAUUGAAUUUUUUAACCCCCACAUCCAUCCCUUGCCUUUUCAAUUGAGUGCACGUACAGUGUGUAAUUGUCUAAUUCCAGAUGUUGUAGGAAUGUGGCACCACUGAUAAUAGGAAUGUGGUGUUGAUCAGAAAUUUCUUUUCAUGUUUUGCCCCAGAAGCAUAGCAGCUAAUAGUUUUAUGGCAAGAAAUUGUACGAGAAAUUUCAACCCCAACCAGUCUAUGAAAGCAAACAAGUAACUGGUACACAGUGAAUAAAAAUGUGUUCGGUAUAGUAUAGGUAUUCUGAAAAGUGCAAUUUAGGAAAUUGUACAGAAAGAAAAUAUUACACGUUCUUAAAGACAUUUGUAAUGAAAUUACAAGUAAAAUUGAACAGAGAAUCUCAUACAACAAAUUAAUGCUGACCAUUGAGGCCCUAGCAGGAGCUUAUUGAAAGUGCAAUACACACUUUCAGCACCAACUAACGCCAACAAACUGGACUUGUGACAGAGGUGAAAAAAAAUAGUCAUGGUACAGUAAGAAGGAUGUGAUGAGCAAAGCUAAUAUUACAUUCCUUAUUUGCUGCUUUCCUGCAAAAAUGAGCAGUGUCUGUAGGAAAUGGGACAGGGAUGUGGCAGGUGUAAGCUGCAGCUGCCAGUUUAGGCUGACAGAUAAUAACACACAUAUGUGACACACACUGGUGUGUGUGUGUGUGUGUGUGUUACCUUUCAGUGGAAUAGACUUGCUGUGUGUGUUUCAUCCAUGUGGCAGCAAAGCAGCGUGUCAUGUUGUUAGCAUUGUUGUCAGUGAAAGCACCAAAAGUUUACAAUGGAGGCAAAUAAAUCCAAAACUUUAAAGCUAGUGCAAUCCAUCUCCUGUUAUUAUAGCCAACACAGGCACUUACACAAGACUAUUUGUCUCAUAGUGAUGAUGUUUGUUUUAUUUAGCUUUGUUUUCCAUUAAGCUGAGCCACAGUAUAUCAGUGUUUUAUUAAUAUUUGAAUUGGCACUUGCCUUGAGGCCUGAAACACUUGAAGAAUAACUGACUUGUAGAAUUUGCUGCCUGAAUAUAUCACUUUCUGAAUAUAUCCGAGAGUAUUUAUUCAAGGGAAUAGGUGUCUCUUCUGAUCAUCCAAAACAUAGCUAAGACAAAGAAAACAAAGCGUGACCACCAUCUUAAAAGACAGAAAUAGAUGUCAUGUCACGGGGCUCUUAAGGAUAGGUGUGUUACUGUAGUUAUGUUAUUAGUACUAUAUGGUAAUCGAAUCCCAAUAGCUCAAGAGUUAUAUCAUUUUAUUUCUGAAGGAAAGGUAUUUACAUGGGUUCUGCUGAGCCACAUAAAGAUGUGUUAUGCAGCUUGUUUUCAUUGUCCACACAGCUGCAUCCUUAGACCUUUUUCAGUGUCUGUAUUGCUGUGGACUCAGAAGUAUUUGGCAGAUCUUACAGUCAUAAAGUGGUGAUAAAGAUGUGCCCGAUUGCAUACAAGCAAAACGUGCACCUGGAAUACAUCCAUCAUGGACGAGGCACAGAGCUAUUGGAGACAUUAACACUCUCUGCAAUGAACCCUAAAGGAACAUGUUUGCUAUUUUUUGCCUUUGACCGUUUAGAACGGGAAAUUGUGGACAUCUUGCCAAAGAGAAACUUUCUUUUUAGGCUAACUUGUAUGAGAAAAGCCUUUUUGACAAGAGCAAGUACAUUUUUUUUAGGUAAUCUCUGUAUUUACCUUGUUAUCAUCUCUACAGAACUGAGAUUUCUCUAGCAGCCCCUCGGGGUCCUUAUCCCUAGGUUGGAACCACUGGUGUUAAAGCCAGUUGUGUAGUGAUGUAGUUUAUAAGUUAAAACUCUUUUGGCUGCUAGAAAUGUGUUUUGUAUUAUUUUCCCAGAUGCCCCUUAAAACUUGUUGACACUGAUAAUGUCUGACAUCAAACAUGAAAAUUAGAUUAUUUGUUAUGUCAUACCUUUGAGCAGUAGCUUGAAAAUCUUCUGCCUAAUGUGUUCCAAAAUAUUUUGACCAGUACGUGUCGCUGUGGAAACGUGUUCACACUCUUUCUGUCAUAAAGUCAUUGAUAUAUCAUGUACAGGGCAGGUCAUGGUAGAAAGUGGGCUCAUAACCUAGAUGAACACCUCAGUGCUCAUUGGUAAACUGGGAGCAAGUAGCAUAGAAAGGGCUCAACAUCUUUCUUAAGCAGUAAUUGAAGCUAUCUUUAUAUCACUGUGGUUGUUUCUGCAGAAACAUGUAUUUUACCUUUCCUUACAGUCUACACAUUAGCAAGUGAUGAAGUUGUUUGAAAUUCUGUAUCUUGCAUCCAUCUAAAUCCAUCCAAGUGCUACUUUUCCAUAUGAGCUUGAAUGGCAGUUUGCUGUACAUUUUGCUCAGUGUAUACUAUAUGUGACCAUUAUGAAAGGAGAGCCGGUCACUACUGACAAAGAGCCCGACCCAGACCAUGGCCUAAACUUCGUACAGCCGAUUUACUCUGUUGUUAUGCUCUCCUGAUACUUGAUAACGUUUUUAAAAGUUUUAUUUUGGUAAACCGUUUCUUCAGAAAAGGUUUUCAUACCACAGUCACAGAAAGACAGCUUUUUGUCUCAGGCUGGCAGUUGCCCAUCAAUGUGUAUUUUAAUUCAGACAGUUUAGCUACUGUUUUACAGCUUUGUGCAAGGUACAGUAUAAUUCACUGCAGGUAACCAUUGCAAUUUUACACUGUGCGUUUUGUACUACCUCAUCCUUACAGUAUUACUGAAAGAUAUUGAACUACAGGCAUGGAAGUAGUCGUCCUCCUGUAGUUGCCCCUAUUGGAGCUAGCAUUAAAUUACUGUUAAACACACUCCAUUAUAGCUUCAGCCCAGUUACUGACAAGUCCAUAUCUGAACAGAAGCAACUCAGUCAUGCACAUUUUAAACCACCUUAGAAGUGUCUGAGCUGGGCCCUUUGUCUAAGUGUAACUCAGUGACUGUCAUUAACUCUCAGUUUAGUGGGUUUGAGAUUUAUUGAAAUAGCUAGUUUUGGUGUAGGAGAAAAAAUGUAAAAGCUGGUUAAAAUAAGUCAGUGUUUUAAGAUUUGCAGUAGUGGCAGCCAAUUCUUGCGAUGCCUUCACCUGAAAAGCACAGGACUAGUUGGGUUUGGUGUGUCUAUUGUACAUUUUGAUGAAGAGUGUUAACUUGACAGUAAGACAGUGAGUUGUUUUUUAUUUUCAUAUAAAUGGCAAAUAUCUCUCUCCCUCUCUCUCUCAUAUAUAUAUAUAUAUAUAUCUAUAUCGAUAUAUAUGUAUAAUUCAAAGCACAAUUUAUUUUAAAAAUAAUGUGGAAUUAAAAAUAUAUUCAGUUAUUCACGUUAAAUUCUUGAGAAUUGGUGCCCAGUGAAUUAAGCUUAAGAAGCAAAUUUUAUUAAAAAUAAUUCUUGCCUCAGCCCUGAUUUAGACAAAGUAUGAAACAAAGUAUUUAUGAUGUUGAAAGAGAAAUGUGAAGUUUAUUAAAAGUAUGAUGAUAAUCUGUCUUUUAAAUUCCAAAUAUCUCUCCUAAAAGCACUUUAAAUAAAAGCCGCACUUUUUCUUCUGCUGCUUUCUAAACAAUUGACAUAGAGGGACCAUUUCUAUCCAUGCCUUUGGUGUUGUUUGACAAUCAUGGAUCCCUGCUUAUAGAGACAGUCUCUAGUCAAACAUCUAUUCGUGUUUUUCAUGCUAACACCACAUUAAAUAAUCACUGAGAGAUGUACUGAGGCUAGAAUCUCACCAAAUCUUGUGAAAUAACUCCAAAAUUUUAAAUGUGGAUGUCAUUCUGUUGACAAUGUGAAGAUUGCUUGACUAUGAAUAGGAUUGUCUGGCAACAGCACAAACUACUGUGUGGUCAUGUAUUAGAAUGAAACUGCAACUCAACACACCAUGCCUUGCACUACAGCAGAGUCAUUUGUGUAACGUUCAGGUGUAAGGACAACAAACCACAUGAAAAGCAAAAGGAGGAAUCUUUUUGAAUUUUACACCAUAGCGCACCUCAAUAUCCCAACUUUUAUGCCGUGACAAUUUAAUUUGGAAUUGCAUUGGUCACAUUUGAACCAACUCAAAUGAAUUCUAACAAAAUUUGAACAAUUUUAUGUGGGGCCAGAUGUUUCACGGCUUUGGGCUUAUUUUACAGGAUUUCGUGAAACCAAGAUAAGUGAGUUUCGGAUAAAAAGAAAGACGGUUUCAGCUCUAUGUCAUUUUUAAUUCCAACAUAAACAGUGAGUGUGUCCUAUUUUCAUAUUUGUGAUGAAUUUUCUUCCCCUGAAGAAGCAUAUUGGUGCUUAGAUAUACUGAGCUGUUUUAAAAGCAUAUUAAAUACAGGUGACAAACACCAAGCUUUGCCAACUUUUUGCAUUAAAAAAUUAACAGCAACCCUUAAAAUAUCAAAAUAUUUUUUACACCAAGUUCUGGAACAAUUGGAAUAUCCCUUCUGUCACAGGUAACAGGGAUUCUCAUUUUUUAGGUGUACUCGCUUUCAGUUUAUCUCUUUGUUUAAAAUCUUAGAUAAUUACACCUUUUCCUUUUCCCUGUUGUAGGUGCAAAAUUUGACACCUCUCUCUAGAAAAUUUUAAGAGUAGAUAAUUCCGAAGUUAUAAACCUGUAAAAUUAACUUGUUUGAUAUACUGACAUAAUUAGAAAUCAAUCUGUUGUUUGCAGUAAUGUACAUAGCAAUGCAAUUUCAGUUUAAGUGUCUGACAUACUCACUCUCUAGACUUCCAAACUAGCCAUGAGAGGCUGAAGAUUCCGUAUUGACAGAGAACAGCAGCUGUGGUCAGCCUUUAGUUGCACUGGAUCACAUAAUUGGCAAGAUUUCACCAGAGAAAAAAGAAUGAAAAAAUACACACUUUAAUUAAUGUAUGAUAAUGUGUUGUGUAUCCAACUUCUCUGCUUUGACACAAAAAAGGAAAGGAAAACAAAAAAGGUCCACAUACUAAUGUUUUCUCAACUUUUCAAAUUCAAGCUUUCUGCUAUUUCUUAACAUGACUGGUUCUCUGUGUAGGUGAGGAAUACCAUGUCAUGGCAUUGAAAUAACCUGCCAGUUGCAUUUCAUGGUCAACUCCACAUACAUAAUAAUGUGUAGUGCCAUUUUUUGUUUUCUGUUUCCAAGGUCCAGAGUGAUUGUUUCUUGUUUAACUUCUGCGCUGUCCAUCUGUAUGCUCUACAGCUUCUAAAUACUGUUUUCCAAGGUGUGACUAAAUGCAUGAGUCAGUGCUUCUGUCAGGAUCAUCAUCAAAAGAGUAUAAAAGCACAAAAAGCAAUGUAUCCAGCCAUAUCUUGGCCACAGGUGCUCUUCUUUGUCAUGCAAGAAACUAUAAAAAAUAUUGACUAUUUGAUACUAAGAAGGUGGGUUUGGGGUUGUUAGUAAGUGAUAGAAACAAUGCAUACAAACUUCUGGUAUGGUCCUUUAAGUCAGCUGAGAUGCUCUUACUUUCAGCGUACAGUAAAUACAUGGCUAUGGGUGGAGGGCUACAGGAUGUUGGACUUGAAUAAACAGCUUGAAACAAAACCUUGACUGUUAACAAAGAUCUAAUGUUUCCAACCCUGACGCCUUAAAGCACCUUCACAGAUUGACUGCGUCUCUUCCUACUUUUCAUUCUUGUGUCUGUAGUUUUUCAGUCAUCUAGGUCAUGGUGAUCCUAGGAGCUUCAGUUAAGAGCAACUGGACUUCUCUUUCAGUUUCUUUUAGGUUUCAGUAACCUAGAAGAGAAGAACGGUCUCUUUUUACUGAGGCAUCAAGGAAUUGACUUCUGCUUUGUUCAGCAGAUACAAAUGGUUAAAUAUAUUCAACUGGCCAGUGCCAACAGAAGACUAGAUCUCAUAGGAUUGUUGUGGUAAAUUUGGAUGUCAUGCUCACAUCCAGGAUGAAAAUGAUCAUUUUACGACUCAUUCUUCAGAGAGCAGAAGUGGAAAUCAGUCUGAUAAAGUGUAUGUGUUUAUCUGUGGUUGUGCAAGUAGAGUGAUGUGAAUGUACGCAUACUAAAGAAGACGUUCUGGUUUGCUGUUUAGUUUUGCUUUAGGUUCACCAACAGAGUUAUGGAGUGGAAAAUGUAGAGGUGUAGAUGUUUGGUAUUCAUUUAAAAAUGAACUGAAGUGAAUAAUGAACAUGUGAAAAAGUGUAAAUUUAGAUACCUGUAGUGUAAUACACUGUUGUGUCCUAUAGUCCCGUAAACUAAGAUUUAAAAAAACAAGAAAGUUUUGUACUCAAGCACUUUCUUUAACGUGUACUGUAUAAGUUCAUCUUCUACAUGUAAAGUACUGUAUGAAUAUUCAUUACUUGCCUUGUAAUGUUUGAAACAAUGCUAUGUUUAGAAAUGGUAACCAAGAAAACAAAGUUUUUAGAGUGUAUGCAUGCUAAUGGUUGGGUCCCACUAUAAAAGGAAAACUAUAUGAGAAAUGGUGCUAUGUUACAUUAUAUAAAGGUGCUUUUAUGGACCCCAGCUGAAUGCAUGCAAAGAGGAACUAUCAAAAGUAGAAAAAAUAGAAAAUUGAUGUCCUACUGCUGUUCUCAAAUAGUGCUGCUUCCCAAAGAUUUUGGAAAUUUUAAAAAUCCAACUUUGUAUUUGUUAAAAUGCAACAGCCCUUCAAGUCAGAGUCUCAACUCUGGUUUGUGAUAGAGAAAUCUGAUAACUUGUCAGCAGUCUCUGCCAACAUGAGCACAUGGUGUUACUUUCACCCUGUUCAUUAUCCUCAAAACACUCCGUUAGUGUUUGUUGGGAAGUAGCAUUUUAACUCUGACAUAGCAAGUUUAAGUGUUGUCCAUGUUCUGCCCGGUGUUUUGGAGCUAUGUCAGUGGAACGUAUGGCGGGUGUCAUUACAGUCUUUCAGAUGGAAAUUUCCAAUUUACUUUGUAAUGCAUAGUAUUUCUGAAAUGCUUCGUAGGUGGUUUUGUGGUCACAAAUUGUGAAGUUUAACUGUAAAUGUUAUUAUUACCAGCCUCCUCAACUCUCAGAUAAACCAGAACCAGGAUCAGCCUGACCCUGAUUAUGUCCCUGAGCAUUAUAUUAAAAGCAUUUUAAACCAAGAGUAUCCGACAUUUUAAAGGCAGUCCAUUAUGAGGUGGCAUUUAUUUUUAGGAAAAGAAAAAUAACAUGUUUAUUUACAGUUACACUGCCUUUGUGACAAUAUUGAAAAGAUCUACAGACAAUCUAAUGACAUCAUUUUGUACUCUUUAUUCUUCAGAAGUUUAUGUAUUUGAAUAUUUUUUCAAGUAGCAGAGUUAUUUCACGGCAAACAUUUAAAGUCCAUAAAAGGUCAAAGUUGUUUGAGUUUACAGAACUUUAUGUUGAUUGUCACUGGAAAAUUGGAAAAUGAACAUGUGUGUUUAUUGGUUGUAUUGAUCAUUGUUUUUUUAUGUUCUCCAUUAAAUGUUUUCCAGGAUUAUUAAUGCUUUUGUUUAUUUUCCAGUUUAGGAAUCAUGCCAGUGUUGUAUGGGCUGAAAACAGUGUACUUUUGCAAAGUAGGAAUUUAUCUCAUCUGUUAAAGAAAGUUCUUAAUUGAUCUUAAAAUUAUGAUGUAUGUUACCCUUGUGAUUAAGGCAUCAUUUUUGUCAAAUUAGUCAGACUUGAGUAAACAGGAUAGAAUACACUUACAGACUUGUUUCUGUCAGGGUAUAAUGAUGAGUCACUGUAUAUGGUUGAUGCAGUGCAGGAUUUUAAUCGUGAUAUCAGAAAUUCAGGGCAUUAUCCAUGGAAGAAAACAACUUCAGGCUAAUUAUUUUGUCACAGAAUAUAUCUGGUGGUAUUAUUUUUUUUUUAAUCUGUCCUAUGUUGUACAUCCCAAUGCACAGAUUCAAAGUAUGCGAUGUGGUAUAUUUAACUUACAGACAAAAUUGGUCAUAGCUUGAUGUAUCUUAUUCCUCUAUGCCCAAGAGCUCAAUUGCUAUUAAAAGCACACCAUUGAGCCGGA